AAAAGCCUGACGUGAUGUAUGCCGACAUUGGUGGUAUGGACAUUCAGAAGCAGGAAGUGAGAGAAGCUGUGGAGCUGCCUCUCACACACUUUGAGCUCUAUAAACAGAUUGGCAUCGACCCACCCAGAGGCGUCCUUAUGUACGGACCUCCAGGCUGCGGUAAGACCAUGCUGGCCAAAGCCGUGGCUCACCACACUACAGCGGCGUUCAUCCGCGUGGUCGGCUCCGAGUUCGUUCAGAAGUAUUUGGGGGAAGGUCCUCGUAUGGUGAGGGACGUGUUCCGGCUGGCGAAAGAAAACGCCCCCGCCAUCAUCUUCAUCGACGAGAUCGACGCCAUCGCAACAAAGCGUUUCGAUGCACAGACCGGAGGUACGAAACAGCCCGACUUUUACACAU